UGUGCGGAACACGGGCGCUGGUGACCGACGGGAAUGUGAGCGAGUCCGCGGGAGGAUGUUGAAUAGGAUGGAGUGUGCUGGAGGAACUCCGUCUGUGAAAUCCGCCAAGACUUAAAAACAGCCAUAUAUUUCCAUCGUCCCUAGGAUCACUUGUUUUGGCUCCUGCGGUUGAUCUGCGGCGAAUGUUGGUGCACAGAGCCGCAGGUUGUGCACCCUCGCGCGGAUCGUAGAGAGACGGGCUCGGCAGGUACACGCUUACCGUACACCGGCAGGGGGAUGUUAUCGGUACUUUCCUAUGGCAGGAUCGUUGCCAGGGCUGUCCUGGGCGGACUCUCGCAAACGGACGGCAGAGACUACAGCCUGAUCACGGCCAGCUGCGGCUUCGGGAAGGACUUUCGGAAGGGGAUCCUGAAAAAAGGCAUGUGUUACGGGGAUGAUGCCUGCUUCAUCGCCCGACACAAGUCUGCGGAUGUCUUGGGUGUUGCGGAUGGUGUUGGGGGCUGGAGGGAUUACGGCGUGGACCCGUCCCAGUUCUCUGCCACACUGAUGAAGACGUGUGAACGGCUGGUGAAGGAGGGGCGAUUCACUCCUAGCAGCCCCGUGGGCAUCCUGACCUCUGGCUACUAUGAGCUCCUGCAGAACAAAGUACCAUUGCUGGGGAGCAGCACAGCUUGCAUUGUGGUUCUGGACCGCCGGAGUCACAGGAUACACACCUGUAAUCUGGGAGACUCGGGCUUCCUGGUGGUUCGAGGAGGAGAAGUGGUUCAUCGGUCAGACGAGCAGCAGCACUACUUCAACACGCCCUUCCAGCUGUCCAUCGCCCCGCCGGGAGCCGAGGGCGUCGUGUUGAGCGACAGUCCUGAGGCAGCAGAUAGCUCCUCCUUUGACGUCCAGUUAGGGGACAUUAUUUUGACUGCUACUGAUGGCCUCUUUGACAACAUGCCUGACUACAUGAUCCUGCAAGAACUGAAGAAACUGAAGAACACCAACUAUGAUAGUAUCCAGCAGACUGCACGCAGUAUCGCUGAACAGGCUCAUGAAUUGGCCUAUGACCCCAACUACAUGUCCCCUUUCGCCCAGUUUGCCUGUGACAAUGGGCUGAAUGUAAGAGGGGGGAAGCCUGAUGACAUCACAGUGCUGCUGUCCAUUGUGGCAGAAUACACAGACUGAGCGCUCUGGGUGGAGCUUGCUCCUCUCUUACACCUGUGUCUUCCACCCCUGUCCUAUUGCACUGCUCCCCAUCUCACAUCUCCUAGCACCCCUUUCCAUUCUCCCAUUCCUCGAGUUGAUCUCCAGUCAACACAGGGAGGAGGAUGGCAUGAACAGACUUUUAUGGUGGUGAUGAUGAUGAUGCAGGCAAUAUCAAGUCAUCUACAAUUGUCCAGAAUUGAUGACCUCAUAUGCGUCCAAACAGAUUUUGGGAGUCUUUCAUCGAUGCGUGUUGUGAAUCUAGUUUUCCAAAAGGCAAGGACAGCCAUGGAUUACUCACAGAAAAAUAGUUCAUUGUGGAUGGAGCUGUCGUGGUUCAUUUGUGUGGCUCAUGCAAAUGCUGUCUAAGUUUCCAGUGAGAAAUUUGAGUGUUUCUAAAGUCCUGAGUGCUUCUAAGUGUGUGUACGUGUAUAACGUGUGGUUGUCGGUUGAUUAGUUGAGCUGAAAUAGAGAGGUAGGUUAAAGUUUAUUAAAGGACUGUCCGGUCUUGCCCCAGGAAAGUCAUUGUCCUGCAGAGUUCAACUAUGACACUUGAUCAGAAGUUUCUAGAGAGUCUAAAGACCUUGAUUAGGUGUAUCAGGUUUGUUUGAUUGGGAUUUGGAUUUACAGAUCUUCAUUGGUUCACUCGAAUACAAACAUCCUAGACACAAGUGGGUCAUUGUUAAUUUCUCCAACCCACUGGUCCCAAAUGAUAGCUGAACUAGGCAGCAAUAUAAAUUAAUGAUAAGUAAUGUAGUGGCCAAAUCGGUCAUCAGGACACCAGGAUUACUAUGCGCACACCAAUGAACUUUAUAUUUGGUGUCCAAUCAGGUUUUAAAAUAAAUGCUGUCCAGUUGGACUUUGGUCUAAUUUAUUCUGAUUGUUUACUUGGUUCUUGGGUUGGGUCUUUCAAAAUUGCAUUUUGGGCUCUGAAAAAAGCGAUUUGAGUCAGUUUGGGUCGGGGACAGGCCUUAGGACCUGACAAGACCUCUAGAAGGCCCUUAUUCUACCUGAGUGAACCAGGUGUUGGUUCAGAGAUUAUGCUAUUCUAAGAGCUUUCUAAGGACCAGUCUGCUACCAGACUAGAGAGCCACUACAAAGCCAGGUCUGAUGUGACUAUAAAUAGGUCUCAUCUUUCCCAGCAACGCAAAAGCAGAAGCAUCAAAUACAAACAUACCUUCUACAAAGGUAGCUGAUGCAUUUUUAAUGUUAAUGGCUUUUUGCGAACCUACAAUGGCAUCCAAACACAGCGAACCUGUCAUGUUUGUACAGUUUGCUGUAAUUUUUAUGAACUGAGAUUACAAGCUAGAAUAACGUGUUUGUGGAGUUUGCUGUCUCUUUUUAUAUUCACAGAUCACAAGCGAGAAUAAUGUGUGUAGCACCGUGUUCAGCUUCUAUUUUAUGAAGUGAUGGUUAAUGUCUCUUGUUGGUCACAGUAACACCACUCCAGCCUGAUGAUUCUUCUACCCAGAAAUGUUUUGGUGCUACUCCUGAACCAUUUUUCCUGGUUCAGAGCCGGUGCUUCUGGGUAUCGAAUGAAAACCGAUUUGGACCUAGGCUCUGCUUCUGAUCCAGCUCUUAAACUGCCUUGGUGGCGAAGGGCUAUAGUUGUAGCCUAACUCUGCAGGACAGUCAGCCUCCUGAUUUAAAGGGUGGACCUGGAGAAAUUUAAACCUGUUUGGAAAUGCAAGUGCUUUAGGAUGUGCUGGCUAGUUGUGUUCAAGCAACAUAUUUACUUUGAGUUAUACGGCCUUUACCUACAGCCACUUUGAGAGGUCUCGGAUGAUAGAUUGCAAGUUCAGAGAAAAGGAGAUGACCUAUUAUGUUCAGCUAGUGUUUGAUUAUGAAAGAUACUAAUGAAACCGCACAGAGAAUGUCACAAUCCGCUGAAAUACAGAUUUGCUGACUCAUGGGGAUGGUGGAUGUUGACUGUGAAUGCGUGUUUGGAUGUACAUUUACAUGACUUCACCUUUUGAGUUUAGAAGUCGACACGCACAAAUGGCUAGCAUCUGGCAAUGCUUUUUAUGAAUUGAAAGGUCAGGUAUAUAAAAAAUGUUUUAUUUUUAUAUAUAUUUACUUAGAUUGCUGUUAGAUUCACCAGAAGUUUGGGAAACGUUGGUCGACAGUAAGGCCUUUUAGCGUCUUCUGCGCUCCCUAUCAAAGCUUGGGUUAUUUUUUGAAUUGACUGAAGGGUAUCUUUUUUUUUUUUGGUUGUUUUCCUCUAUCACUCUAGAUUGGUUCUGGAGAGCUUUUUUCACGUUCAUGUGCUGCUUUAAUUUUGUAAAUUAUAAAUGUGUGACUACAUUAUUUAUAUGAAUGUUUUUACCUGUACAAUAAAAGUGGGUGAGCUGGUGGCGAUUUUUAUUUCACAAAACGGCAACAGUUCAAGCAGUUCAAGUGUAAGUCUUUCGUUAAUAAUGAGACAUAUUUGCCUGUAUGAAAAGCAGAAAUUACACAAUAUUUUGUCAAUGUUUUUUAGAUUGGGAAAACAAUGCAAUAUGGUUAUUUGAAUUAUCUUUUUAGAUUUUUAUUGAUUUGUUUGAUAAUUUUUUUUGUUAUAUUUUGCAUGCCCUUUAUGGCAAAACUCACUCAUGUAUUUGAUUGGUUAAUUGCCUAAUUUUGUCCCAUAAACUACCUUUUAAGCUGUCAUACAAUAACCUGUCCAAAGCUGCCUUUCCACUGCACAUGACAGUCGGACACGACUGUCGGAAUACGCUCCCUUGUUGCAGUCGCACAGAAUUUUCAGUUGUGUUGUGCACCGUGGGAGGAAAGCUGAUUCUCGCGGUGUCUGAAAUAAAGGAGUGCAAAAGCAAGAGCCAUUAUUGUCCGUCCGUUCACCAUGGUUGAAUGAAUGAAUUAACGAAUACAAGAAACUCAUAGACCGCAAAAAAUUUUGGAGGGAAUGUGGAGACAACAUUAAAAACAAUAAUAUUUUUAUUACUCAUUCUUGAAUAGAAAUGUUUUUUUUAAUGUAUAAACUUUUUUCCGAUUCAAAAAUAACGAAUAAAAACCUACUAUUUCUCAUCUCGCAUGCAUGGACCUGCUUGGACAACACUGGAAUACAUCUCAGCCGGUCUCAUACAGUCUAGUCGCACGAGUUCACAUAUUUCAACGUAUCCGCAGCUCAAAUUGGAUCUGAAUUUUCUGCAUACGAAGAUGAUCAGAACUCUGGAAAUGAAUGACUUCCGGUCUGUCGCUUGUCAUUUGUUGUCUUCAGUGGAAAGGCAGCUUAACUAAACAUGAAUAUUAUAAAGUGAGGUUUGCCAUCCUCCCCUCCCCCACCCACAAAUAAUUCGAACUCUUCCCCUACAGAUAGUGUGGACUAUAUUGAAGGCCCCUGUUGUGCCUGCAAAACAAUUAGACCUGAACUGUGGUCUCAUAUAUGAUGUCUUGUAGAUUGUAGUCCUGUUGUUGUCAAUGUCUUGAUCCAUUUAAGAAAACCAAAGCAGAAAAGCCAUAAGACCAAGGUAUUCCCACCGCAUCACUGAAAAGACUGCAAUCGAGUUGUACAAUGUGUUUAGAGUUUCUGACAGAAACGCUGUUGUGUACGAUGUCUGCUUGUGUUUCUUGAGAAAUGAGACAGAAAUGAACUAAACACCACUAAUAUGUAAUGGUUCUUAAGAUCAACGGUGUACUUGACUAUUAAAAAAAGAUGUGAUUUUUAGGUUGAAGAUGUCUUAGCCAGUUUUUUAUUUUAGCCAAGGAUGAUGUGUGUAGUUGUGGCACCUCUAGAGGCAGCAGAGAGAAUUGCAAUCUGUUUGUGAGAGUUGGAAUGGGAGUUUGAAGGUGGUUUUAACUCUGCAUCAGUGAUGACAUUGUUUGGCUUUGUUCACAUGUGCAAUGUUUUUAAAAUAAGUAACAAACACAAAUUUAUUGAAUAAAAAUUUUAAUGGAAUCAUUGAAAUCCACUAAUAUUUACAUUACCGGUCAAAGGUUUGGAGUCAAGAUGAUUUUUAAAUGUUUUAAAAUAAGCUUCUCCUGCUCACCAAGGCUGCAUUUAUUUCAUCAGAAAAACUGAACAACUUGUGACAUGUUAUUGCACUG